ACUUUCGUUUCCAAGCGUCGGCGUCGAUACAUUUCACACCUGCAGCUUGAUUCGCCUCUGCAGAAGUUGAGAGCUCAAGCCGUUUUUGAGACCUUUGACCUCAGUCUUGGGCGAGUCUUAGGAGCCAUCAAAGUCUGCGUCAUGGAGGCUGACGACCUUGACAGCCUCAUCGCAGACUCCUUGAGUGGUGUGCAAGCAGCGCUAGAUGGUGACCGAAAGGCAGCUACCACCAGCGACUCCGGCCGGAGCGCGGACCAGGCGGUUCGGGAACUUCAGCAGGGAGUCGGAAAGGGUGAAGCACAGCCCCCGGGCGAGGACUUCUUCAAGGACUUAGUGAAAACUCUACAGGAUGAAAACUUUCAAAAGGCCAUGGCAGAAGCCAUGCAGCAGACCCAGACCGCGGAGCCCAAGCCUGCCGAGUCGAAGCCUGCAGUUGCCGAGGCGGCUCCGUCGCCCGCACCUGCAUCGUCGGCCUCGACGGCGGCCGUGGCGUCUUCCUCACAGUCGGGCGAUGCGGAGGAGCUUUUCCAAAACUUCAUGAAGAGCUUUGACCAAGAAGCAGGUGCAGACAAGGACUUUGAGCAGCAGCUGACGAACAUGAUGACGUCUAUGCUGUCCAGUGACCUCCUGACUGGUUCCAUGCAGCAACUAGCUGAUGCGUUAGAGCCCUACCUAAAGACCAAGAAAGGCUUGUCCAAAGCCGAUCGUAACCGAUACGAGGCUCAGUUGAAACUCUACCAACAAAUUGUGGGCGUCUACAAAUCCAAUUCAGAUCCGCUCCCGGACUUUGCGAGAAACCAGGUGCAGAGGAUGUUGGAAGAACUUCAAACGCUUGGGAAUCCUCCAGAAGAGGUCGUGGCGCAGAUCGUUCCGAAAGAAGUGGCCGACGGUAGCGAGAGUUUCGAGGACAUUAUGAAAACUAUGGGCCUCGACUCCAAUCUCGCAGGUCCUGAGCAGGAUCUCAUGAAGAAAUUAGCAGACGAUCCUGAGGAACUCACCAAGGUCAUGAAGGAAAUGGCCGGAGGGAUGCCUGAAGAGGCAUGCAAGCAGCAAUGAAGCCUGCACUCCGGAUGAAAAUCGCUGAGAAAAAUCCAACCAAAAAAUAA